AUGUUCAGCUGCCAAAAGAAAAAAGCACAUUGUCCAAAGGAUAUCCCUGAUUGUCCGGCCACCACACCACCUGAGAAAAAAACCAAAAAGACUCCAUCAUGGUUCAGGUGGUUCUGCUGUACCAAGCAGAAAAACAGCUGUCAAGUGGCUCCAAUAGAAGAACCGAUUGUUGAUGCCAAUCGUGAGCAUGGUGAAGCUCUUAAGCAGGUCCAGUCUCCUCUUGAAAUACAAAGUUCUUCUAUGGGCAAGAGAGUCAAAACCAGUGAGGACCAGGAGGCUUCACACACCACAGACGCCCCAAAGACAAGCAAGAAGCAGCAGAAGAAGGCUCCUUGGUGGCGUCGGUGGUUGCCAUGUUUCCGUAAGAAACAGGUGGAGUCUCCUGUUGAUGUCGAUGGAACCGACAAAAGUCCUCACUCUGAGGCUGCCAAAGUCAACUUGGUGGACGAGUUGACCGAUGGAGGAAACAAAAGUCCUCACUCUGAGGUUGCCAAAGUCAACUUGGCGGACGAGUUGACCGAUGGCAAAUCAGAUGUAUUAGAUAGCGGCAGCCUUGUCUGCAACAGUGACGACAGCAGUGACGAAGAGUCAAGCGCUGACGUCAUUGCAGAAAGUGAUGCGCCAGUUUCCCUCCGGUCGAGGUCAGGAAUACAUGGUGGGAGCCGGCAGGUUGAAGCAACUGUCAGUGGACAGAUAAAUCCCAUCAUGUCCCCACCUCUCUGCAAUGAGGAUCUCGUCUGCCUCGGGUUACCCAACCUGGCGCAGACGUGCUAUAUGAAUUCUACUCUGCAAAGCCUCCUGAGACUGAGUGGUUUCAUUCAGGAAAUCUACAACCACCAGCAGGUGUGGCUUUCCCACUCUGGAUCUCAGGUUAUCAGAGAGCUAGACAACGUUGGAGUCAGUCGCUUCUCCAACAACAAGAUGGAGAAGAGGCUCGUACUGACUGCCUUCAAAGAGACUGUCGCUGACUUUAACUCAGAAUUCCAGGACGACAGUCAAAAAGACGCCCAUGAGUUCCUCAGCUGUGUGCUUAACAUGAUACACUCCCUGUCCUCUGACCUGCAGAUGGCAGCAGCUGUCAUGGGUGUCACAUACAUCUGCCCUGUCGAUGCCCAUGUGUUCUUUGAAAUGUUGAACACCAGGACCUGCAAGGGAUGUGGUUGUCAGUCCAUGAGAGAGGAGCAGUAUCUGAACCUCUCUCUAGUACCUGCAGGCUCAGUGAGCCACAGCCUGCAGGACUAUCUGAAAGGCAGCCAGCUGGACUUUGAGUGUUCAUGUGGCGCUGGAGAAUCAACACAGCAGCUGUCGUUUUUGACUCUGCCAAAUGUUUUGAUCAUCCAGCUUAACAGAUUUAGGAUCACUUCAACCUUCUGCCUGGAGAAGGUCAGCUUCCCUGUUGAAUUGACAAGGGAGCUGGUGGUGAAUCCUGAAAACACCAUCACACAGACAGGGGCUCGCUACUCUCUGGUGAGCAUUGUCAGCCAUUUGGGUUCCACAGCGUACAGUGGACAUUACAUCUGUGACUCAAGUAUGGCUCACCAAGCCCUGGAAAAAGGUGACACAUCAGACCGUUGGCUCACCUACAAUGAUGAGCAUGUCACCACGACAACAGGUGAAUCUGUGUGUCAACAGCGGCAGAGAGCAGCAUACCUGCUGUUUUAUGAGAAGCAGUGA